CUUAUCUGUCAAAAAGCGACAACUCUGAGGCCAGAUCGGGACAGCCGAUCGCCGGACGUGGCUCCCACGAGAUUCGGACGACGCAAUGGCGCACUGGUUUCACCGUAAUGUGCUGAAAGCAACGGCGAAUCAGAAGUUCGAGUUUAAAGUCUCUAAUCCUACGGACGCCACCAGAAAGCUUUACAGUGACUUAAAGCUGUCAAGAGCCAGGCUUCUGGAGCUGAUCAAAAAUGCAAACAAUACCAGCGACACGAUCGAGCCCGCGUUUCUCAGUUACCUCAGUUUACUGUAUGGAUUUUUAUGGGAAGUCCAGCCGUCCGAGGAAGAGGCGCAACACGUUGGCAGACCCAAUCCUAGCAAGCUGAGAAAUGCUCUCGUCUUUAAGUGGACACACACGCUACUUGGUAGCGGCACAUUCUCCAGCGCCGAUUCUGUUUAUGAAGCAGCUAACAUGAGCGUCAAUGUAGGCCUUUGGUUUAUGAAACAUGCGGCGAUGAUUGCGGCAAAAGAUGACAUAACAAUGGACGAGGCUAAAGAAGUACACAGUAUGUUAAGACGGGCCGCCGGAAUAUUUACUUUUGUGCAAACUGAAUUUUUGCCACAGUUGGAUAACCCACCGCCUUUAGGAAGUGAUUUAGACCCUCGUGUACUGAACGCAUACGUUAAUCAAUGCACAGCGGAAGCGCAAGAAGUGACAGUGGCUAGAGCGAUAGAGCUCAAACAUAAUUCUAGCUUGAUCUCGGCUUUAGCCAACGAGACCAGUAAGUUGUUUUUGGACGCCGCCAAUACUCUUCGUCCAUUCAAGCCAGAGAUAUCCGCCCAAUGGACGAAAUAUCUGGAGCUUAAAUCAGCGUUUUACCAAUCUUACGCUUACAAUUACUGCGGUGAAAACUUGUUGGCAAUGGAUAAGUGCGGCGAAGCGAUACGAGCGAUGCAGGAAAGCGACGCGUGUCUAAAGAAGGCGAAAGCGCUCUGUCAGGAAUACAGGAAAACGAACGGGCCCGCGCCUCGCGUCAAACCGGACGAGCACGCUGUGUUCAGACGCUUGGCGCCGAUAGUGAAGCUUACUCUCGAUAAGUGUAAUCGAGAAAACGGCUUGAUAUAUCACCAUACAAUACCCGGAGAAAUUCCGACCUUGGAUACCAAAGCUACCUACGGCUUGGUCAGCCCGAUUGACUUUCAAAUGCCUCCACCGAAUCCGGUUUGGAAUUUGGUUACGUACAAAGUGUUAUCCGGAGGAAGGGCGAAAGCGGAGAAGGAGCAGAAUUUGCCGCCAGUUAAAGAGGAGGCGAUUCAUCAAAGUAGCAAAGAACCGAAAAGCGCGAGCGGUUGCACGCUACAAUAAGGUUCUCUACGUGCAACGAUAUAGGCCGUUUGUAAAUGCUUUUUUUUUUUCGUCACGGUGAUAUUAAUUUUAAUCGCAAUGUAGACAUGUGUGGACGGUGUUAGAUGACACACUUGUGCACCGUAUACGAAUGCACACAAGUACAAAUCCCGUUGUGCGAAACGUGAAGUAUUAAUUAGUAUUAUUAUAGAUAAAAAGAGGAAUACAGGAUAAUUAUCUAUAUAAAUCUAUUAUUAUCUAUACAAAUACUACAAGUGCGUUUUAUUGAGUAUUAAAUAUCGCGUUACGCAACGGAUAAACGACUGCAAAAAAGAGAGAUUAAUCUAGGGUAUAUCUGCUUCGUCCUGCACAUGUCUGAAAUUUUAGCGGGCAUUUUUUUUUACGUUUGUGUGAGUGCAAAGUAACGUAUGUAAUGUGAUUUGUAUGUAAUUUGCUUUUAUCGUAAUCAACUACUAUGGCUAUCAUUGUAGGUACAAGUGAUUCCUUGAAAACAAGGAAUUGUUAAUGUCGCAGACAUUAUUUUAACUACGUAUUUUAACUUAUGCUACGCUCGACCUAGUCAGUGCUUUAGUGAAACUAAAUUUUUUAUCGGUCGGUAAUGCGAGAAGGAAAAAAGUUUCGCAAGCAAUGUGCAUUUAAUGUGCAAUUGUGUGUUUAAACGCACAACGUUCAAUUCAGAUUAUAUAAAGAUAUUAUAUAUACAUAAAAAAAGUCUUAAAAAAAACAUGUUAAGCUAAUGCCAAGCAUUAGUUAUAUUGCUAAUUAGCAUUAGUUAUAGCAAUUAUCUUUGUUAAUCAUUAUUAUUUGUGAUAUGCAAAGCAUUAUAUAAUAUACAUGACCAGUGUGUUGACUAUCGAAUUAAAAAAUUUGCAGGUCGCCAUACCUGAUAUUCGCUUUGAGAAAUUAUUUAUGUAUACACAGAAAUUUCGUUAGUUGCUAAAUCAUUUAGAAUGACUUUUGUGUGCAAUAUGCUACUGAGAUCAAUGUAACAGUAUCCUAUAUCUAUACAACAUAGAUAAUAAAGAUAAUUACAUCGCAAUCUAUAAA